CAGGGGCAUCCUGUUUCUCUCUGUCUGCUGGUGCUAUGUGAUAGCUGGAGUUUUAUUCCGUGUCUCAGUCAGUAGACAUGCUGCCUCCCCUGCCAAGCAGUAAGAGCUGGCUUGACCGAGAGGAAGACCAAAUGAAAUGGUGCCUUGCUAUCUGCAAACUGAGUUCAACUGGGGUUGAACGGACGUCAUGUAGGCCUUUUACUCAAUGAAACCUCGGGCUGGUAGAUUGGUGGCUGCAGACACAAUAUAUUUCAUCUUGGAGGUGAUUUAAAAUACUCAAGAUGAUCCGCCUUAUCUGUCUGGCGCUGCUGCUUCCUGAGGGUAAGACGCACUUUCUUGUAAACAAAUACAAGUCUCUGCACUUUCAAUUGUUGAAAACAUUUAGCAACUUUAAAGUUGUGCAAACUCUCAUUUCCAUUUGUUUGAGGAAGACAAUUUUUAAAAAUUGUUUCCAUUAUUAUUAUUAAUUAUUAUUAUUAUUGGCAGUUGUUGUAUGAGUAAUAGAAGCAGUAUUUUCUUAUGUCAUUAUUGAAUUAGGUUCUUGUAACUUUAGCAAUAUUGUUCACCAUGAUAUUCAUGCCAUGAAAGCACUCUGAACUGAAAAACCUCAAAUGAAAUUCUAAGUUUGUACCUCUUACACAUCAUUUAACUAAACAACUAAUAUAAACUAAGAUUAUAUUUAUUACUAAUGCACUAAAACUGUUAUUUCCUUUCUCUUUAUUCUUUCAUUCAUUCAAAAGAUUUUUUUGAGCAGCCUUAAAAAUAAACCAGUUUUGAUGCAUUGUGUACAUAUUCAGUCAUCAUGUAGCUCUCUAACGUGUGGGGUAUUCCAACAGCUGUCAUUUUCCAAACCACAUUUUCAUGGGCUACAGAUAAACAAUUGCAAAAAUGUACAUAACUCCUUAUUAUUUUGAACCCUGGAAGUUUUCAGGUGGCGACAGUCCCACAUAAAAAAGCACAAUGUUCUGUUGCAGCAGUACAAUUGACAGAUGACCUGUUUUAUUUCCUUGCAGUGGUUCACUCAGCAGAGGGUCACUAUGCUCAGAAGCUCCUAAAUGAUCUGAUGGACAAUUAUUCCAGUGCCUUGCGACCAGUAGAUGACACAGACAGCGCCCUCAACGUCACCUUACAGAUCACACUGUCUCAGAUCAAAGACAUGGAUGAGAGAAACCAGGUGCUGAUUGCCUACCUGUGGAUUAGACAAACGUGGCAUGAUGCAUACCUGAAGUGGAACAAGGAGGACUAUGACGGACUAGAUGUCAUCCACAUCCCCAGCAGCCUGGUGUGGAGGCCUGACCUUGUCCUCUAUAACAAGGCUGAUGAUGACUUUUCAGGGCCAAUGGACACCAAUGUCAGACUGCGCUACAAUGGAGAGAUAACCUGGGAUGCUCCUGCUAUCACUAAGAGCUCUUGUGUGGUGGAUGUUUCCUACUUUCCCUUUGACAGCCAGGAAUGUAACCUCACCUUUGGUUCAUGGACCUACAAUGGCAAUCAGGUAGACAUAAUUAUGGGAAUGGACAGUGGUGACCUGUCAGACUUUGUGGAAAAUGUGGAGUGGGAGUGUCAUGGAAUGCCGGCCACUAAGAACGUCAUUAUGUACGGCUGCUGCCCUGACCCAUAUCCAGACAUCACAUACACUGUACUGCUGCAACGCCGCUCCUCCUUCUACAUCUUCAACCUCCUCCUGCCCUGUUUCCUCAUCUCCUUCUUGGCUCCUCUGGGAUUCUACCUGCCAGCAGACUCCGGGGAGAAGGUUUCCCUGGGGGUGACGGUUCUCCUGGCUCUCACAGUGUUCCAGCUAAUGGUGGCUGAGAGCAUGCCGCCUUCAGAGAGUGUGCCGCUGAUAGGUAAAUACUAUAUUGCCACUAUGACCAUGGUCACAGCAUCUACAGCUCUCACUAUUUUCAUCAUGAACAUCCACUUCUGUGGAGCUGAAGCCAAACCAGUACCUCACUGGGCAAAAGUCCUCAUCAUUGACUACAUGUCCAAGAUUUUCUUUGUUUAUGAGGUGGGUGAGAACUGUGCCUCUGCUUCUUCCACUUCUUCAUCUCACUCCCUCCAGGAUGAUGUUCGUCCCCAGCACAUCAGCCCCCACGUUCAUGCAAACGGUAAACCAGGGAACAACGGCGGCCGAGACGAGCGACAUGGUCACAGAUAUCCCAGGCCUCAGACCCCCAAACCACAACAGCAUCCCAGACUUAAAGCACAGCACCAUAUCACCAGGGAGGAGAGAAACUUUGCACCAGGAAAACAUGAAGGCUCUAAUGGCAAAAUUGUAACAGGUGACUGCUGUAAAGAAGACCAGAAGGUCCCCUGCUAUCCUGAUGAACAAAAGCUUCCCUGCUGCUCUGAAGAUAAAAAGCAUCCAGUUCAAGGCCCUACUGUAACCUUUGGCCCCUGUGUGUUUUGUACCCAUGGUAGUAGCAUUCCUGGUUCUGACACCAAGCUGGUGCGUAACGUUGAGUAUAUUGCAAACUGUUUCCGGGAGCAGAGGGCCACGUGUGCAAAGGGAGCAGAAUGGAAGAAGAUUGCCAAGGUGAUGGAUCGCUUCUUUAUGUGGAUCUUCUUUAUCAUGGUUUUCCUCAUGAGCAUUCUCAUCAUUGGAAAGGCGCCAUGACCAAACAGAGAUGCUGCAGAGAAAAAAAACAGAGUAUUUCACUGUCUGUUCUUACAAAUUUUAAUCAAAAAAAAUGGAGACUGUUUUCUUUUUUUUUAUAAGCAUGUUGUAUGCUAA